ACGGCUCCCACCUUGUGCCCGCCGGCUCCCAAUACACGACACCAUCGCAUCACCUCCUCGACCGUGUGCCUCUUCCCUCCAUAAACAUCCCACUCUACACACACAACCCUCACCCCGCAGCUCUCCAUCCUCACACAACCGCCCAACAUGUCUGUCCCUGCCUUCGCCGACAUCUCCAAGUCCGCCAACGACUUGCUCAACAAGGACUUCUACCACCUCUCGGCUGGUACCAUUGAGGUCAAGAGCAACACCCCCAACAAUGUCGCCUUCAAGGUGACUGGCAAGAGCAGCCACGAGAAGGCCACCAGCGGUGCCAUUGAGGGCAAAUACGUUGACAAGUCUCUCGGCCUCACCCUGACCCAGGUUUGGAACACUGCCAACAACCUCGACACCAAGAUCGAGCUCGCCGACAGCGUCGCCAAGGGCCUCAAGGCCGAGGGUGUCUUCUCCUUCCUCCCCGCCACCCAGAAGAAGGGUGCCAAGCUCAACCUCACCUUCAAGCAGUCCGCCUUCCACGGCCGCGCUUUCUUCGACCUCCUCAAGGGCCCCACCGCCAACAUUGACGCUGUCGUUGGCCACGAGGGUUUCCUCGCCGGUGCUCAGGCUGGCUACGACGUCCAGAAGGCCGCUGUCACCAGCUACAGCGCUGCCGUCGGCUUCGUCGCUCCCCAGUACUCUGCUGCCAUCACUGCCUCCAGCAACCUGAGCGUCUUCGCCGCCAGCUACUACCACAAGGUCAACAGCCAGACCGAGGCUGGUGCCAAGGCCACCUGGGACUCCAAGGCCAGCAACGCCGUCGGCCUCGAGGUCGCCAGCAAGUACCGCCUCGACCCCGUCUCCUUCGCCAAGGCCAAGAUCAACGACCGUGGUGUCGCUGCCGUCUCCUACAACGUCCUCCUCCGCCCCGGCGUCACUCUCGGCCUCGGUGCCUCUUUCGAUACCCAGAAGCUUGACCAGGCCACCCACAAGGUCGGCGCCAGCUUCACCUUCGAGUCGUAAAUAUACUCUGCAGAGUAAUGGCCUGAAGGGUGUGACGCGAGUCAUUCUGAAGAAAGACCGCGGCUGCCUUUUCCCGGACGAGUUCUACAACCGUGGCAGCUAGAGACAUGGUAGACAGGUCUCUUUGCGCUUGGUAGAGUCGUCUCUUGAGUGUAGAAAAAUAGAAAGUCCAGAUGUUUCGGCAGUGAAAGUUUUGUAUACUUGACUCGCUUCGUGACGAGGGAGUGGUGAUUAGAUGCGUACGGUGCAUUGUGUUCUUCAAAAGGUCAGUGGAGAUUGUUGCAACAUGUAAUCAUCUGUAUGAGAUUAUGGUCUCUGAAAGACGGCAAGCGACGGCGAUGCAUGCUAGCCCUG